AUGGGCCAGGUAUUUGGGUCAGGCUUGUGGGCCAACAUAUUGGGUCAGCGACGUGGGUCAGCCGGAUGGGUUGGUCACUUAUUGUGGGUCUGUGAGCUGUUCGUGGGUCUGUUUGGUGGGUCUGUGAGCUGUUGGACGUGCAGUUCGUGGGUCGGUGAGCUACUCGUGGGUCUGUUCGUGGGUCAUCUUCGUCCCCAUACCGAGGCACCACCACGGCCACCUCUCAGGUUCCAGUUGAGGUAUGUUUUUGGUCUGGGCAUGGGAAAAGGGGAAGAACACGCUUCUCCCUUAACAUCAUGUAGCUUAAAUCCCCAAAAUUCGGACAUCCGUCAAACAAGUUUACCAAACUUUCCAAAUUACAUGCACGGUUACUUUGGACCAGUGCCUGCAUGGUCAGCAGCUUUCCAGCCAUAUCCAGAUGGCAACAAAGAUCCAAGCAAUAUUCAGCAAAACGUAGGUUAUCCAUAUCAAUAUGGGAUGCGACCUCCGAUGCCAUUUGUCGCUACAAGCUCUGCACCAAGCGCAUUAACCGGUCAAGAAGAGAUACCUGAUGCAGUGGAAACUGAAGCGCAAUGUACUUCCGCUCAAGUUGAUUCUGAAAUUAUGUUGGAUAGUCCAGAUGAAUGGGUAACUGACGAUGGCACUCCCGAUACAGCACAAGUGGUGUCAUCAUCGAAUGGUGAGGAUAUGAUUCAGGAGCCAAAGUCCAGGAUGAAAUUCAAUUCUUUUGAAGAUUUGUUGAGCUAUUAUAAGCAUUAUGCAAAACAAUGCGGGUUUGGGGUGAUGACACAGAGGAGUGAGAGGUCAGAGGAUCAAAGUGUCAGAUAUGUCACUCUUGGUUGUGCACGGGGAGGAAAGGCUCGCAUUAAGAGUUCCAAUGUCGCCAACCCACGUCCGACAGGAAAGACGGACUGUAAGGCAAGGAUUAAUGCAUUAAGAGUCGAGGGAAAGAUGCAGUUGACAACAGUCCAUAAUACACAUAAUCAUCAUACCAGUCCACAAAAAUCCCGUUGUUUUCGAUGUAACCGAGAAGUGAGUGACACCGUUAAAAGAGUGCUAGACACAAACGACUUAGCUGGCAUCCGGCUGAAUAAGAGUUACGGAUCUCUUGUCGUUGGCGCAGGUGGUGCUGGAGCACUUCGAGAUUAUUUUUUGAGGAUGCAGUAUAAGAAUAACGGGUUUUUUGCAUUAAUGGAUCUAGACGAUGAGGGGAGGUUAAGGAAUGUUUUUUGGGCAGAUCCACGUAUUCAGGCUGCCUAUAAGUAUUUUGGUGACGUGGUCACAUUCGACACCACAUACCUUACUAAUAGGUAUGGGAUGCCUUUUGCACCAUUCGUUGGUGUAAACCACCACGGGCAAUCGAUUCUGUUGGGAGUUGGGUUGAUUUCUAAUGAGGACACGGAGACCUUUACAUGGCUAUUCCAGACCUGGUUGCAGUGUAUGGAUGCCUACAAGAGUGGGCUGAAAAUGCAGCUGAUGAAAUGUGUGUACGAUUCACAAACUAUUGAGGCAUUUGAAAAAUGUUGGGCAGAGUUUAUUAGUACAUACGAGUUACAUGAGAAUUUGUGGUUGAAAAGUUUAUAUGCGGAGCGUGAGCAUUGGACAAACUUGAAGGAGUUUGUCGACCAGUUUGACAGUGCACUGAAGAAAAAAAUUGAGAAUGAAAAUCAAGCAGAAUUUCAGUCAUUUAGUGGCAUCAUUCCCUGCGUUUUUAGAUCUCCAAUUGAGAAGAAAUUUCAAGAGUUGUACACUAACGCAAAAUUUAAGGAAGUUCAACAACAAGUAAUUGGUGUGCUUGACUUGGACCCAUCUCUGCUAACAUCGGAUGGUGUAAUGAAGAGUUAUUUGGUAGAAUAUGAGGUCCGUAUUCAAGAGUAUUCAAAACAAGUUACAUAUUCUGUGCAGUUUAAUGUGAAUGAUUGCAAUGCGAAGUGUUCAUGUGGGUUAUUUGAGAUAAGGGGGAUAAUGUGUAGGCAUAUUUUGGCAGUAUUCAAAUGUAACAGUGUAAAAGUAUUGCCAGACCGGUACAUUUUAGACCGAUGGAGGAAGGACAUCAAGAGGAGAUACACGUUAAUUCGGACUAGCUAUGACGCAGGGGAUCAAAGGCCAACUAGUAAUAGAUAUUCAAUUCUUUUGAAUAUGUGUUAUGGGAUGAUAGAUUAUGCAGUGGAUUCUAACGACCAAUUUGAAGAUGCAAAGAAGCGGAUACUAGAGAUGACUGAAGCUUAUCGACCAGAACCUGAUUUGUUGAUAAUGGAUACUACUGCAGUUGGUAGUUCGCAACAAGUCAAGAAUCCAAGGAUUGUCAGGGGGAAAGGAAGACCUCCAUCCCUUCGGAGAGCCUCCAGGAUGGAGACAGACAUGCGGAAGGUUAAAGCGAAACAAAAGAAAUCACAACAGGGAGAAAAACGCAAAGAGCGAGAGGAAGGAGAAAAAGCACCCCUGGGGACGCGAAGGAAUUUAUUUGAUGAAGGAGAUACAACAUCCAUGGGGACGUGCAUCAAUUUUUUCGGGCCAUCAGAUGUAGAUAAUACCAUAGCUCCUGGACAAGUGCUGCCUGUCCUAGACAGCCCCACUUUUGAGAGUAGUGGAAUCCAUCAACGAGAAUCAGUGAUGGAGAGCCAAGAAAGUGUAAAAUCUCUGAACUUUGCAUAA